AGUUCCAAAGAUGACGACGCUCUGGAAUUGACAUGUAAGAAGAUGAUACCGAUCGAAGUCAGUAAGUUUGCAGACUAUUUCCACAGACAGCAGGCGGACUCUGAUAUUGGAUUUGCAGAUGAAUAUCAGAGUUUGGGCGCGGUUGGCACUGAGCAGACAACCAAAGCUGCCCUCAUACCCGAGAAUCAAGGGAAAAACAGAUUUACCAACGUCCUGCCAUAUGACUGGUGUCGUGUUAAGUUGAGUGCUAUUGAUGGAGAGCCAUUCUCAGACUAUAUCAAUGCAAACUACAUGCCGGGCUUUCACACUGAGAAGGAGUUCAUCGCCGCUCAGGGUCCCUUGCCCAACACUGUGGAAGACUUCUGGCGAAUGGCGUGGGAGAACCAGGUGGAGGCAAUUGUCAUGCUGACCAAUUGCAUUGAGAAUUCACAAGUGAAGUGUGAGCAGUACUGGCCUCUGGACUACACUCCCUGCACCUACAGAGAUAUUUCAGUCACCAUGUUUUCUGAACAGGAGCAGCCUGACUGGACUCUCCGGGAUUUUACUCUCAAACACAUGAAAUCCUUGGCAUCCCGGACGGUCAGACAGUUCCACUUCACAGCCUGGCCGGAUCACGACGUUCCGGAUAACACAGCCACCCUCAUCCAAUUCCGGGCCCUGGUCCGAAAAUUCCUGGACAAUCGGGAGAGGAACGGUCCGGCCAUCGUGCACUGCAGUGCUGGAGUGGGGCGCACAGGAACCCUGAUUGCUCUCGACUCCCUCCUGCUGCAGAUAGAGAGGGAGAAGGCUGUGGGGAUCCAGAGCUUCGUGCAGAAGAUGAGGCUCCACCGGCCUCUCAUGGUCCAAACAGAGUCCCAGUACAUCUUCCUGAACCAGUGCAUGCUCGACACCAUCCAGGGAAAGAACAAUUCUCACCCCGAUGAAAAUAUCUACAAGAGCAUGAUCUAUGCCAACGCUGCAGCUAUCAGGGAAUUCCACACAACCAAUGGGAACACUGCUUAACUUCGCCCUGCCUCCUUCUCCUCUCAGACAUCCAAUCACAGCACAGACUCACAGUUAGAGAAGGAAAUCCCUUUAAAGGUGUCCCAUAGUAAAAGCAUAGGCAAGCAUUGUAAAAGAUUGAGAGGUAUAGUAAAGCAUAUUAAUAAACCAGGCAAACCAGACUAAUCUAUGGUAAAUGCAGAGUGUAACCAUGGGAAAAGUAAGGGGGGAAACUGUGAAAAUACUGUAGUUUUAUAUCAGUUAAUAAGUCUGGUUGAGCCUCUCUCUUAUAUCAGUUAAUAUGUCUGGUUGAGACUCUCUUACAUCAGUUAAUAUGUCUGGUUGAGACUCUCUCUUAUAUCAGUUAAUAUGUCUGGUUGAGACUCUCUCUUAUAUCAGUUAAUAUGUCUGGUUGAGCCUCUCUCUUAUAUCAUUUAAUAUGUCUGGUUGA